UUUUAUCGAGAUAAAGAACUGGCUCUUCGUUCUGUACUUACCUUUUUAGUAAGUGUAGGUGGCCACCCCCGCGGAAGGCGUUGAUGAGGCCUUGACUGUUGGCUUGGUCACUGAUCAGGUUGGAGCAGCGGCGUGCGGCACCCUUUCCUUUCCCGGUGUGCUGCCGGGGGUGUGGUGCGCUGUGUACACAUCUGAGACAGCCAGGGAAUGUGAGAUCGUUAUGGUUUCCAGCUGUCAAAAGGAAAACAAAAAUAUGGAUGUGAUGAGGCCCUUAAUAAAUGAGCAGAAUUUUGAUGGGACAUCAGAUGAGGAACAUGAGCAAGAGCUCCUACCUGUUCAGAAGCAUUACCAGCUUGAUGGCCAAGAGGGCAUUUCAUUUGUGCAGACUCUCAUGCAUCUUCUUAAAGGAAAUAUUGGAACUGGCCUUUUAGGACUUCCAUUGGCAAUAAAAAAUGCAGGCAUAGUGCUUGGACCAAUCAGCCUUGUGUUUAUAGGAAUUAUUUCUGUUCACUGUAUGCACAUUUUGGUGCGUUGCAGUCACUUUCUCUGUCAGAGGUUUAAAAAGUCAACAUUAGGCUAUAGUGACACUGUGAGUUUUGCUAUGGAAGUAAGUCCUUGGAGUUGUCUUCAGAAGCAAGCAGCAUGGGGACGGAGUGUGGUUGACUUUUUUCUGGUAAUAACACAGCUGGGAUUCUGUAGUGUUUAUAUUGUCUUCUUAGCUGAAAAUGUGAAACAAGUUCAUGAGGGAUUCCUGGAGAGUAAAGUGUUUGUUUUGAAUAGUACCAAUUCAUCAAAUCCUUGUGAGAGAAGAAGUAUUGACCUAAGGAUAUAUAUGCUUUGCUUUCUUCCAUUUAUAAUUCUCCUGGUCUUCAUUCGUGAGCUAAAGAAUCUGUUUCUGCUCUCAUUCCUUGCCAACAUUUCCAUGGCUGUCAGUCUUGUGAUAAUUUAUCAAUAUGUUGUUAAGAAUAUGCCAGAUCUCCACAACCUUCCAAUAGUGGCCGGUUGGAAAAAAUACCCACUUUUUUUUGGUACUGCUGUAUUUGCUUUUGAAGGCAUAGGAGUGGUCCUUCCACUUGAAAAUCAAAUGAAAGAAUCAAAACGCUUUCCCCAAGCAUUGAACAUAGGCAUGAUAAUUGUUACAACUUUGUAUAUAACACUAGCUACCUUAGGAUAUAUGUGUUUUCAGGAUGACAUCAAAGGCAGCAUAACUUUAAAUCUUCCUCAAGAUGUAUGGUUAUAUCAAUCAGUGAAAAUUCUCUAUUCCUUUGGCAUCUUCGUGACAUACUCUAUUCAGUUCUACGUUCCAGCAGAGAUCAUUAUCCCUGUGAUUACGUCCAAAUUUCAGGCUAGAUGGAAGCGAAUCUGUGAGUUUGUGAUAAGGUCCAUCUUGGUUAGUGUUACUUGUGCUGGAGCAGUUCUGAUUCCUCGUCUAGACAUUGUGAUUUCCUUUGUUGGAGCUGUGAGUAGCAGCACACUGGCCCUGAUCCUCCCUCCUUUGGUUGAAAUUCUUACAUUUUCUAAGGAACACUACAAUAUAUGGAUGAUCCUGAAAAAUAUUUCUAUAGCGUUUAUUGGAGUUGUUGGUUUCUUGUUAGGUACCUAUGUAACUGUUGAAGAAAUUAUUUACCCUACUCCCAAAGUUAUAUCUGGUACUCCACAAAGUCCCUCUCUAAGUUUGAAUUCAACAUGCUUUACAUCUGGUUUGAAAUAGUUGACAUGGAAUUAUGAGUCUUCUACUUUUGUCUCAAUUCUGAAAAUGAUUAAAAUAAGAACUAGCAGACUACAUUGCCAUAUACUUAAAAAUAGAAGCAAACUCUGUUUUCUUUUGACACAAUAUUGGUAUUUUGGCAGUAAGUUGUAAUUCUUUACCAGUAGUGAUAAACUGUGGCAGAUUCUUGGUUUUAAAUAUUAGUACUUUUUAAAAUUAAAGAAUAAAAACACUUCUGUUAUUCUUUAUUCAGUCAGAAAUACUUUAACCAAGAUCUCUUUAUUGCCAUGCUACUGUUUUGCCAUCCAGUUGAGGAGAAAACAGGAUUUCAACAGUAAGAAUUAAAGGACGUAAGUAACAAAAAACUCCAGGCUGUCCCAGUGGA